AUGUUGUCAGCUCCCGUUAAAUCGGCGAAGCGUAUUUCCUCCCUCUUUUCGCUGGGCUCGCACAAGGAUCAAAAUGCGGGCUCUCCGGCCUCGCCGGGAUUGAAUGGAGAUCUAUCCCAGGACAGGAGGCGACGCAGCAAUUCACGACCGACUCGACAUGUGUCGACUCCCAAUGCGGUCUUCUCAGAACCAAGGACCGUCCCGAAUGCCGGUCCCGUGGAUUUCGACUUCGAAAGCCUCCCGCCCCCACCGUCAUUGUUGGCCGUCAAUCAUGACCUAGCUACCAGUGCGCCCAGCUCACCUACCGAUGCUCGCCCGGGCAGCAGGGGUCGCGAUUCGACCCGUCCUUCCAGUUCGGCCGGGUUGGCCAUCCCAGGGUCCACGCCAGACUCUCGCCCGGGCACGCCAUCGAAACGCAGAAGUUGGAUGCCCGGUAUGAUGGCUCGGUCGCGUGCAAGCUCGGUGGACAAGCGGAUGCCAACUCCGGCCUUGCCAAGUGCCUGGAUCGCUGGGUUGGACCAGAAGGUGGUCUACGAUAUGGAACCUUUGUCGAGAGGCGGCCAGAUUGCCGAGCUGUGGAACGAGCAAGGUGACACGUUUGUCUACCUUUUCCCCCAAAACACCGGCCGGGCGCCUUCCUUCAAAGUCGAUUCCACCAUCUUUGCCGAAUCACCGUCUCUGACAUACCUCGCGCGAGGCACCGACUCAAAACAGAGUGGAUUGGAGCAACAGACACGCACGCUUUCUCUUCAGAGCCCAAUCUCACCGCCGUUGACCCCGCAGGAUCGGUUGGCAGACGACGAUGACAAUGAUAGUUCGGGUAGCCAGCGGAUGGCCUUUGUCGAUGACGGUGGCGAUGAGAUUCAGGAGCUGCAUCUGUACCUCCCAAUUCCCCUGAACAGCGACGUGUCCAGCCCUCACUCGAAACUCUCGCAAGAGGAUCUGGAGACUCUGCUCUUGUUCCGCAACCUAUUUGCUUUCCUGCUGGGCCAAUCCCUUAUUGCGACCCCCAAGUCUGGAUCCCUCUUCAGCAUUUUCAUGGAUGUGGCCGUUUUGCUGUCCCGAUUUGAGUUCUCCAACCUGGACGGAUCCAACUUUGGUGAAACCGCUACCUCCAGCUUCAGCAACUACUGUGACGAGCUGCGUCUGGCGGAUGUGCGAAAGAGCCGUGAGAAGACUAUCGAAGCCAUCGUACUGGGUGAGCGGCUUCGCUACUACCCGCUCUACCUGGAGGGAUUCACCCACGGUGUUGGCAAAUUAGAUGAGCUCAAGCAGCUCCGGAGCCCCAAAUACAGCUUCAUCCACCCGAUCACCCAAAAGCGCCUGGAGCGUGGCUUUAUCGACCUGGACACCCGUCUGCGGGGCCUAUAUGGCAAGCUAGAUGACUUUGAUUUCCCCUCAGUCUUCUCCGGUUUCGCGAACUCGACCUCAUCCGAAGAAAGCAAGGUCAUCCGCUUCAAGAACUGGAAGGCCAGUUUCCAAGAGUUCCGCCGCUUCACCAUCAACUACUAUCGCAACAAGUACGGUGCUUGGCCACCCAAGGCUCGCUCGAAGAAGAAUGCAUUUGAAGAGAGCGGACUUAACCGCCAACUCCUUCUGGACCUGUAUGGUGAUUUCACCGAUCUUUACGAUCUGCUCGUCGACCGCACCAACCUGACUACCCGCACCAUCGACUCCUCCGGCCCCGGUGGUGAUCCCUCGCCCACUGACACCCAGGCUAUCAUGAUUCGUGCUCUCCGCCACGUGCUCAGCGAGUAUGACCGCAGUACUCCUCCCGUUGCGCCUCCCAUUCCGUUCGACGUGCCUCAGCUGCCGUCAGUGCAAGGGCUGCACCGCAAGCCUUUGGACGCUAAGAAGGAGGCCAAGUACCGUGCCAAGAAGCUCAAGGCCUCCGACAUCAACGCCGUCCUCAUGGGAUCAUACACUCGUGAGAGCAUGCGGCCUACCCCCUUCAUCGAGAGCUUCACUCAGUUUGAGCGACGAUGUGCCAACGGCAAGAGCGUGGAUGAUCUGCUCGAGCUGCGCUGCGGACAGUGGAUCUUCCUAUACGCCGUGCUCCAAUCUCUGCCCAUGCUGGUUGUGGACGUUCCCGAGAUUCGCUUUAACGAAGGUGUCGAGUACUUCCUCUGCAUUGCCCCCCGUGGCGGUGCUCCCUGGAUUCAUAAUGACACCAAGACUGCUCGGGCCUGGUUUGGUGUUGCUGGUGGUGCUGGUGUGGUCAGCCUGCCGUCCGAUGUCGUGAUCAACGGUGUCGAAGGUGUCUACCGACGCAGCCACUGCUGGCAAGUGGCCGAGCAGUGGGCCGAGGCUGGUGCCCUUAUCGAGCCCCCGAUGGUCGAGGAUGCCUAUGGGGAGGAUGAAUCUUCCAUCUCUUCUCCUUACCAGGGCCAGCAGUCAUCCGCUGGGUCCUCAUCCGAGCCGCACCCGCCUUCAAUGAUGGGUCAUGCCCACGGUGGUCUCACCCCGCCCCCGCCAGCGAUUCCUCGCACUCGCUCCCCCGGUGCUGCCCAGCGUGUUGAGCAUCGUCACUCGAUCUAUCCGGGUCUGGAGGCUUUGCCUCUGCCCGCAGGCAUUGCUCCCAUCGAGCCUCCUUCUCGACCCAUUAGUCGCUUCAACCCGAACAUGAGCUUCGAUGACAUUUUGAAGGAGGUUCCUCGAAAGGACAAGAAGAAGCACUAA